UUCUGAUGAAAAAUUUAGUUGUAGAGGUUCAAUUAAAUUUUGAAAUGGAAGUUUUAUAUAAAAUUUCAUAGUUACUAAUGUGACUAAUUAUUUUCUCAUUAUUUUCUUAAUUAACUAAGAAAUGUGUCCAUAUUAUUCAAUUAAAGACACAUGUUGUUUUAUAGAAGUCUUAUAUACUUUUGAAAUAAGAUAUAAAAUAUUUUUAGAAAACUUAAAGAUAGUUUUCAAAAUAUUAAUUAUAACAUUUGGUAAACAAAUCAAAUAAAAAAUAAUAAUGGAUGAUAUUGAUAUUUACUUACCUCAAAGAGUUGAAAGUGGAAACAAAAGAAUUGAAGAAGACGGUAUCAAUAUUGAAUUUAAUAAUAUCUCAUUAGCAAUAAAUAAUUGGAAUUCAUUGAUUAUCAAAAAUUGGAAACUAGAAAAAAAAACUAUUCUAAAAUCUAUAAAUGGCAUUUUCUAUAAGAAUCAAGCUAGUGUUAUUUUAGGAUGUUCAGGAUCAGGAAAGUCUUCGUUAUUGAACAUCUUGUCAGGCUUUAGACAUAGUGGUUAUGAAGGCCACGUUACUUCAAAUGGUGCUCUACGAAAUUUAUCAUCUUUUAGAAAAGUUUCAAGUUAUAUAAUGCAAGAAGAUCAUUUACAACUAUAUUUAACAGUUUUGGAAUCAAUGAAAAUUGCUUUGAAAUUAAAAUAUUCAAUUAUUAAACUUGAAAAUAAACAAAAUGUGUUUGUAGGCAAACUGUUAAGUGAUUUAUUUCUCUCUGAUAGAAAAGAUACUUUAGUUUACCAACUGUCUGGUGGUGAGCGAAAAAGAUUAAUGAUUGCUUUAGAAUUGAUUUGUUCUCCAAAAGUAUUGUUUUUUGAUGAACCUACUACAGGAUUAGAUAUUGUUUCUGCAAAUAAAAUUAUAAAAAUAAUUAGAACUUUAGCUAAUUCUGGUAAAACUGUUGUUUGUUCAAUUCAUCAAGCUACAGCUAAUCAUUUAUUCAUGUUUGAUUUGGCAUAUGUUUUAACACCAAAUGGCCAAUGUAUUUACAAUGGAGAUCCAAAACAAAUGGUAAAUCAUUUUUCAAAAGCUGGAUUUCAGUGUCCCAAUUAUUACAAUCCUGCCGACUAUGUGAUUGAACUAAGUUUGGGUGAAUAUGGUGACAUUAAUGAAUUGAUACAUGAAAAUGUAUUUAAAUACCAAAAAACUGGACAUUGUACUAAAAAAUCAAUUAUUUAUGUGAGAGAAAAUCAAAGAAAAUUCUUGUAUGAAGUAUUGAUAAUCAUGCAUCGAACUAUAUUAAUUACAAUGAGAGAUCAUUUCCAUGUUAAUAUUAGAUUAUUCGUUCAUUUCUUACUUGGAACUAUGUUUGGAGUUGUUUAUUUUGGUUUGGGAAAUGAUGGAAUGUAUGUUCGAGAUAAUGCAGUGUUACUUUUUUUUUGUGUUAUGUUUUCAGUGUAUGUAGCAGCAUUUACUAUGUCUGUUAAGUUUCCACUUGAGUUUUCAGUAAUGCAAAGCGAAUAUUUUAAUCAAUGGUAUUCUUUAAAAUCUUAUUAUAUUUCCAUGACGAUUGUAGAUUUACCCAUACAGAUAAGUUGUUCUUUAUUAUUUUGUAUUUUAAUAUAUUUAUUGUCUGGUCAACCACUUGAGACUUUUAGAGUAUUUAUGUUUCUCUUGAUGUUUAUAAUGACUGGUUUAAUGUCUCAGGCAAUAGGAAUGCUUGUUAGUACAUUUUUUCAAAACUUUACUAUUAAUUCUGUAGUAGUUGCUCUUAUAUUAUUAUUUUGGACAACUUAUGCUGGUGGCAUGAUUCGAAUAGCAGAUACCCCUGAAAUAUACAAAUGGCUAUAUGAUUAUUCAUUUAUGAAACACUCAAUACAAGGAGUAUUACAUUCAGUUUAUGGUUUUAAUCGUUCUAUACCUUGUUCAAGUAUAUUUUGUUUAUAUGGAUCACCAAAGUUCAUGCUACAAGUUCUUGGAAUGAAUUCAAGAACUAACAAUUGGCCAUUGGUACAAGGAUCCAAAUUUAUGGAAAAUAGAAAACCGUUUAAAAUAAUGCCAAUUAUUAAGGUUUAUAAUGUAUUGCAAUUGAUAGCAUGUAUUACAAUAUUUUGCAUGAUUGUGCUUGUUAUACAAAGCUAUCCAAGGACAGGCUUUGUCUGGGUUGUUAGCUCAACGACGAACUGAACAGUUAGAGUACAGAACUCAAGACACUGGUAACGUACCUCAAGCAAUCAUGGAUGGUCCACCAACACCUUGUCCAGCAAAAGUUGAAUAUGCUACACCAGUGUUUGCACGAAAUUAUCAAGGAAUGUGGCGAUAUGUAGUACAAAUACCAUACGAAGGAUAUUUUACACAAACUGUUGAAGUUACGAAAUGCACGUAAGUAG